AUCCCACAAUCCUUCGCGCGUACGCUCUUGGUCCCGCGGAGCGCUGCGCCCCUCCAGCCUUGACAUCAGCUGCUCAGCCCACACAUCCUGACGUCCGGCCGGAGGCAGAGGCCCGUGAAUCCGCUCCGAUGUGGGUGCUGGUGAUCAUCGCGGGGAUCGGGGUGGUGACGCUGCUGCUGCUGCUGUUCGCCCCGCACAUACGAAGAUAUGCAGCUGGAGCCGCGUGCGCGACCGCGAGCCGCCUGGACGGGAAGACGGUGCUCAUCACCGGAGCCAACACCGGCAUCGGGAAGGAGACCGCGCUGGACCUGGCUCUGAGAGGAGCUCGGGUCAUCAUGGCGUGCAGAGACACAGAGAAGGGCGAGGAGGCGGCGGCCAGUAUACGAGCCGAGUGCCCGAAGGCUCAGGUGGAGGUUCGAGAGCUGGACCUGGCAGACACCUGCUCCAUCCGAGCCUUCGCUCAGAACUUCCUCAGAGAGGUCCACCAGCUCCACAUCCUCAUCAACAACGCCGGCGUGAUGAUGUGCCCCUACACCAAAACCGUCGACGGCUUUGAGAUGCACAUCGGAGUCAAUCAUCUGGGCCACUUCCUGCUGACGUACCUGCUGGUGGGUUUGCUGAAGCGCAGCGCUCCAGCCCGGAUCGUGGUCGUCUCCUCUCUGGCGCACAACUUCGGCUGGAUCCGAUUCCACGACCUCCACAGCCAGGGCAGCUACAACAGCGGGCUGGCUUACUGCCAAAGCAAACUGGCCAACGUGCUGUUUGCCCGAGAGCUGGCUCGCAGACUCAAAGGGAGCGAUGUGACGGUGAACUCCGUCCACCCGGGGACGGUGAACUCCGACCUGACCCGGCACUCCACCAUCAUGACCAUCCUGUUCUCCGUCUUCUCCGUGUUCCUGAAGACGCCCCGGGAAGGAGCCCAGACCAGCAUUUACUGCGCCACCGCCGAGGAGCUGCACUCCAUCUCUGGGAAGCACUUCAGCGACUGCGCCCCGGCCUUCGUGGCGCCUCAGGGACGGAGCGUGGAGACGGCGAGGAAGCUGUGGGAGGUCAGCUGCGAGCUGCUGGGCAUCGAGUGGGACUGACGGGACCGUCCCGCCGCUCCUCCCUCCAAUCCCCUCCGUUCUAUAACUUCUUCUUUUGCUUUCGCUGACUUUGGACGUCAAAGCGCCGUCAGGUUUUGUGUAAGAGCUACGGUAAUGUGAAGUCUCGUGAAUUAAUGAUUAACCCGAGCGUGUUGGUGCUCAGCGACUGGUCCUGAACCAAAACCACUCAACCUUACGAUACAUGAACUCAGAUACUUUUUAGACUCUAUUUUUGUGAGAAAACAGGCAAAAAAGCAGCUCGCUGCACCGUGACGCUGAAGCAGACGGACAGGUCAAUGCAGGGUACAAGACCAGCAUUUAUUUCCAGUAUUAGUUCCUUUUUUUGUAGUAUUUCCUGUAAAAGUCACGACUUUGGUGCCAGCGUUCAAAGCGAGCUGCAGGGGAUCUUAGUGCUUCGAAACAUCAGCGUCAGUCUGAGCCGCGCUUUCCGCUGGAACGGCGUUCACGCGUUUCGUGAGAGACCUUUUUAAAACGAGAAGUUUUAUAUUUGUAGCGUUUAGAGCAGAACCCCGUCCCUGCGUGUCUCCAUUGCAGUCGGCGCAGCGCCCCCCGCUGGUUCCAGAAGGAAGAGUGAACAUUCAGAGUUUUAUACAAACAUGCCUUUUACAACACGAGCAUUCAUGUUAAGAGUUGAAUGUUUACAUUGUAUGUAAAUAAAGCUCAAAUAUUACUAUUGA